UUUAGUAUAUUGUAACCGGAGUAAUUUCCCGGUGCGAGGAAAAUAAUACUUUUGUAAAAACAAGGUUGUAUUUACGAAGCUAACAUCCAUGGAACGGAAACUGAAAUUGCUUUACUACAACAACGAGCAGAGGAACGUCGCCCAACUGUGAUUAACAUUGGGCAUGGAACACCGGACAAAAUGGCAUCACAAACAAAACGCCAGAAGAGUUCAGAUGCCUACAAACUGCUUUAUGGGACCUGUCCUGACGAGGAGUGUCAAGCAAAGCUAUUCUUUCCUUCUUAUGAUAAAAGUAUAGAAUGUACAAGUUGUGGACAAAGGCAUGAGAAAUCACAACUUCGCAAUGUUGCAGAAGUCACCAAUCCUGAUGUUGCAUUGCACAAUCUCCUUAAAAAUGUUCUAUUUGGAAAGAUCAAACCAAAGAAAGGACCUGAUGAUGUUAAAGUUCUCGGGUUAUCGAAUUAUGUCUGUAAACUGAUAUCCCCAUUGCUCACGUAUUAUGGAAUGGACAAAGACCACAAAGCAAAAUUGCUGUCAGAAAUGGGUAAAGGGCAUGUGUUUGAUGUGAGUGUGUUAGGAGACAGAGCGUUUGUUAUUGAAGAGGACAAUUUGAAUCUGGUAGGGUAUGGCAGAGACCGUUCUGGCAGUGCCUAUUAUUUAGCUGAAACUUUACGAGACAUAGAGGCAUUUAAUGAUAAUGAGACCAGACUUGUGCCUAUACAUGCUGAUGGGGAUGGCCACUGCCUCGUGCAUGCCAUUUCCCGUGCUUUAGUGGGCAGAGAACUUUUUUGGCAUGCUUUGAGAAUUAAUUUGAAGAAUCAUAUGGCCAAUAACCUGGACAAAUACAAGCUACUUUUUGAAGACUUUGUUGACACGGAUGAAUGGGGGGCUAUAAUUGAAGAGUGUGACCCGGAGUAUUUGCCCCCUUUGGGAGAAGCCCAUGGGCUUAGGAACAUACACAUUUUUGGACUUGCUAAUGUUCUCCAUAGACCCAUCAUACUGCUGGAUUCAAGGAGCGGAAUGCACAGUUCAGGAGACUAUUCUGGUGUGUUUCUCCCUGGACUUGUGGAACCAGAGCAGUGCAGAGGCAAGGACGGCAGUUUGAACAAGCCACUUUGUAUUGCCUGGAGCAGCCUUGGCAGAAACCACUAUAUUCCAAUUGUUGCUGUAAAGGGAAAGGAGCCAGCUAAGCUGCCAAGCUAUAUGGUUCAGAAGUCUUGGGGUAUGCCCAAAGAAACGAUCAAGAAAUACAUAGACUUUGACCAGCAGUUUCGAUGUACAGUGGGAGGAGAUAAAUGCCUGACGGAGCGAUACUUGAAGCAGCUAGUGAGUUCAAUGGCUGACCUGUACACUAAGAAGUAUGAUGUGAAUCCUGAUCUAGUAGCAGACGUUCACCAGUAUAUAUACAAGUCUUCAGGUAUUGUGGGCGGGCGGCCAGAUGAAGUGCUAGAGAGGACCAGGGCGGUGGUACAGAGUGGGGACCUCUACCGAUGCCUGCUCUGUGAGGCCCUUGUGGAGUUCAUACUGGACAGGGACCAGUUUGAGAGGGGAGGGGCCAUGUACAAUCUGGCGGUGAAAAUACACCAUAAGCUCGACCAGACUAAACUGUAUUCCUUUCCAACAAUAGGGGCUGUGUGCUCCUAUGAUGAGAAGCAAGAUUGCUUGAUACCAGACAAAGCAAGGAGCAAGCCUAAACAAUGUACAUUUUGUUCUGGGACUACUUUGCGCCAGGUUAGAGCUGAUGGCAGUAAUGUGUAUGAAAAUGGUGAUCGAACCACAACCCCUUGCGUUGGAGGCAAAUGCUUAUGUGGAUUUAAGCACUAUUGGGAUGGCAAGGAGUAUGACAAUUUGCCUGAAAUUUAUCCCGUGAGCUUGAGCUGGGGUGGGAAGACCGUUUCAGAAGAGAUUCCCUGGUUUCAGGACGAGUCAAACAUAGCUCUUAACAGCAAUGUGUAUGAAGUCGCUCAAAACAUUGUGCAGAAACACUUUCCAGGUGUGUUUGGCAGUGAGCGUCUGGUGCAGCAUGUGGUGGACACGAUCCUUGCACAGUCUGCGGCCUCCUACAAGGAGAAGAAUGCCACAGAGUCUGCCACCUUGCCAGAGACAGGAGAGCAGGAGGAUGGGUUUGACGCUGAGAUGGCUUCAAAAAUAAUCCUAACUGGGCCAGCAAAGAAGACAUUGCACAAAGAGGAGCUUGUCAAGAGUGAGAAAGAGAAGCUGGUGAGACAGAACAUACAGGCGCAUGCACCCAAGCUGCAGGUUAAGAGAGCCUCCCAGAAUCCCUCUCACAAACUGGUAAAAACUCUACAUGUAGCUGCACCAAGAGGAAUACCAGUGCUGGGAACCAUAGUAAGGGAUAAAUUAGAAACAGAAACAGAAGCAGGGUCCCAGUCUGCUUUUCAAUCAACCAGUGACCAGUCUGUGCACAAAGAAAAGAAAGUCAGAUUGCAGACUUCGGAUGGUAGACAGGUGAUGCUGACCCUUGUUGAAGAAGUGACAUAUAGUGCACUGCAGAGGCUCAUAUAUGAGGCAGUGAAUGUGCCAGAAGAUAGGCAGAGGCUGCGAAUGGGUUUUCCACCAAAACUGCUGGAGGCGCCACCUGCUGGCAAAGAGCAGGUGCUUGAUAUCAAACAUGGAGAUAAGAUAGCGCUGGAAAUCUUACCUGAUCAUACCACUUCCAGAGAAGACAUCGAGCUAGAUGUUGAGGCUACCACAGUGGGUGCCCAGGGCUCUUCGGAGGAAGCCCACAGCUCCAUGUCAUGGACAAGCUUCGAGAAAGACAUCCAAAAUCAGAAUGCAGAGACACUCCUACAGGCCCUGAAAAAUGCUAACCAGGGUGGAGACAGCCUGGAUACCUCAAUAGCUUCACUGACCAUCCUCAGUGCAGUGGAGGGCAAGGACUUUUGGUCAUACGUCCAGGGCAUGCCCCACCUGUUCUCAGUGGGGGGUCUACUGUACCAGCAGGUGAAGCGAGACAUGGGCCUGGUGGAUGGCAAGCACUGCCAGCUGCCUUGCCUUCCUGGAAAAGUGUUCCGGUACAGUGCGACAGAGGACAGGCUGGAGCUAUGCCUGGAGCCUGACGGACAUUUCCAGGUGCAGCCAAACAUCGAGGCUCGAGUCAAAGAACGCAGCGUCACGGACCCCCGUACAGAGGUGAAGUUUGGUGGCAGCGGUGCAAUACACCAUGGCUCCGACAGGCCUGCCUUCGGAGGUCAAGGCCACUCCCUCAAGUCCACACUUACUACAGAAGCCCGGAUGCCAGGGGACUUGCAGUACAUCCCUCACCACCCCCACGCUCGGGGUAUCAAGGAUCUGUGCAGUCCCCCAGGAUCACACCAGAACACGAUAGAUGAGGAGACAGAGGAAGGCAUGCAGACAGAACAGUCAGCUGAGGUUGGCAAGGAGGAAGUGUUGUAUCAUAGAUUGGGACCAGGUUACAGCGUCAUAGACCACUCGGAGAUGAAUGAUGCCAACAGAAACCUGGAAAUGUUCCGAGCUCUCUCAGAGCACAUUGAACGAACGCUCACUCAAGUUACUGAAGAGAUGGAAGAGGAUGAGGAAAGUGACCAAAAUGUGAACGCUUCCAAAGGUGACCCAACUCUGAAUGACGAGUGUUCUAAAACUGAGGCUGUGGUGACAGAAUGUGUUGAUGUCAUUGAAGUGGCAAAUGCCUUGGAUGUUGCAAAGAAAGAAAUUAGCAAUUCAAACAUGGAUGAUCGGUUAUUUAUUUGUUCAAAGCUCUGUCCUGAAAAUCAUACAGAAUCAGAAAAAGAUGAAGAUGUAAGUAAAAUGCAAGUGGAUGUCGCAAAGACUGAAGAAGAAAUUUCUAUCACAGAAGGAACAAACAUGCAUCUGAUAGAGGAAAACAGAAUCACAAGUUUUGAAGAUAGAAUGGACGCAAAUAACGAGAAUUUACCUACCACUGAAGUUUUUUCUUGCCUUGAAAAACCAACAGACCAAAGAGAAGCCACAUUUGAAAGCAAAGCUGGUCAUGAACCAGAAAAUUUGAACAAGGAUCUUGUAAAUGAAACGCUCGAGUCUUCAACAGAAAACAAAUAAUAAAUGUGUGUUGGAUAAUUAUAUUAUAUUAUAUAAUAAUUUAAGGCUUUAUAUUUCUUUGUCAGUGAAAUAAUUUAUGUGUUUGUUUACGAGAAACAUGUUUAUGUUGUUUUGUGCUUUUGAUUCUAAAAAUUUGUUGUUAAUAUUUUAAGACUCUGGUCUAAAGUCACAGAGAAAAUAUUAUUUAUUUGAAAUUAUUUCUUAUGUUAAAAACCUUUGUAUUUUUAAUUAGUUUAUUGUUAAUUUGUUACCAUGUAAUAAAACAUGAGCACUUUAUCAUUUCAAAACCAUCCUCAUACGUAAAUCAUAUAAGGUCACACAAAUCUGUAAUGAGCUAUAUCAAAAUACCUACCAGAACUUAAGUUAUAUGUGAAUAAAAGUCCUUUUUAUCAACAUAUUUAACAUUGUUUUGUUAUAAUUCUGUUUUAGAACUAUCUGGGUUAAAGCACAUAAAUGGUAUUUUUUCCAUUGAAAAGACUUUCCGCUGAGAGACAAAGAAGCUGUUAAUGCAACAAACAUUUUCAUGAGAACAAGUUUAAAACCCCUUGUAUACAAUUCCCGGAGAGUCAGUGUGGUCUUCUGUAAUGGCUAACAUGGUCGACCAAAAUGUAUUGGAUAAGGUACAUGUAGCAAGGAGAAAUGAGUUGAGAGAUAACUGCUUUUAAUAAAGAUGAUAUUGUAAUAUGAAAUUGUUUUGAGAGCCCAAUUUAUCGGUAAUUGUUGUGUUUUAACUGGCUGUCAAAAUGUAAGAAAUAUAUAAUUUGUGUAAUUAUGAAUCCAUCUUUUCAAAACAUUCCUGCUAUAGAUUUCAAUAUGGAAUUAUUUGUGCAUAAUUAUUAUUCAAAUAUAAAUUUUAAUACCUCAUCCCACUAAUUCCUUCUGUAGUUAAGAAAAGAACGGCCAUAGGUUCAGCAAACAUAACCAAUUGUCCAAUGCACCCUUCUGUCCAUCCAUAAUAGAUCAAGGAUUAUUGUGUCUAAAACUUACAUCGGUUGCUUAAAAAAUUUCACAGUUGUAGUUGGUCACAGACAGGUGUAACUGAAGGGGGACUACACAGUUGUAGUUGGUCACAGACAGGUGUAACUGAAGGGGACUACAGGAUAACUUCUAUCUAUUUACAAAGAUGAAUCUAAUGAAUGUUUAUCACAUGUAUUGUGUGCAAUUUAUGUAGGUGCAUGUACUACAAUGAAAAUUAAAAUGGUAGGUUUUUGCUUUUAACGUGUCCUGAUUCGUUAAAAUGUUCAUUAAUGCAGCAAUCAUGUGUAACCUUUAAUAGCUUUUUUAUGUACAUUUAUGCAAAUUUUAUACAUCUGAAUCAUAACAAAUGGAUAUUGUCGCUACAUGUAUUUGUAUUGUCUGUUAUAAAAUCUUUAUUUAUAUUUCAAUUUAACAAUGUGUAGUGUUUGGGAUAUUGUUUUCAUUAUAAAAAAUAGUGCUACUGCUAGUUAUUUAUGCUUUCCAGUUAUUCGUGGGAAAUACAAGUGAUCCAAAACCGGUUAUUUACUGUUAUGAUCUGAAAAAUUACGUGAAAAUUAUCAAUUAUUUGUACUGCUAAACCGUGAAAUGACAUCAUUAUUAUGACAUCCGGGCACUAUUAUUUUCAAAGAAAUGACCAGUUUUACAAUUUGUUUUAAAAACAUUAAGUUUUAGUAUUUUUAUGUCCCCCACUAUAGUAGUGGGGGACAUAUUGUUUUUGCCCUGUCUGUUGGUUGGUCUGUUGGUUGGUUUGUUUGCGCCAACUUUAACAUUUUGCAAUAACUUUUGCUAUAUUGAAUAUAGCAACUUGAUAUUUGGCAUGCAUGUGUAUCUCAUGGAGCUGCACAUUUUUAGUGGUGAAAGGUCAAGAUCAAGGUCAUCCUUCAAGGUCAGAGGUCAAAUAUAUGUGGCCAAAAUCGCUCAUUUUAUGAAUACUUUUGCAAUAUUGAAGAUAGCAACUUGAUAUUUGGCAUGCAUGUGUAUCUCAUGGAGCUGCACAUUUUGAGUGGUAAAAGGUCAAGGUCAAGGUCAUCCUUCAAGGUCAGAGGUCAAAUAUAUGUGGCCCAAAUCACUUAUUUUAUAAAUUCUUUUGCAAUAUUGAAGAUAGCAACUUGAUAUUUGGCGUGCAUGUGCAUCUCAUGGAGCUGCACAUUUUGAGUGGCGAAAGGUCAAUGUCAAGGUCAUCCUUCAAGGUCAGAGGUCAAAUAUAUGUGGCCCAAAUCGCUUAUUUUAUGAAUACUUUUGCAAUAUUGAAGAUAGCAACUUGAUAUUUGGCAUGCAUGUGUAUUUCAUUGAGCUGCACAUUUUGAGUGGUGAAAGGUCAAGGUCAUCCUUCACAAGGUCAAGGUCAUCCUUCAAGGUCAAACGUCAUAUAGGGGGACAUUGUGUUUCACAAACGCAUCUUGUUUAAGAAUCAAUUUAAAUGACUUGUGAUAAUUUGAAAUAAGUAUUUCACAUAUGGAUAUUACUUUCUCUGAUCUCUCUUAAAUCAAUCAGCUAUCAAUUCCAAUGAAUAUUCUCUGUGGCUAUACAAGUCAUUUUAAAUAGUAAUGAGUAUUAAAUCAUUCCUUUUAAUAAAAAACCCUGAUUGAACAUUUAUUGAUGACCCUUAACUGGCAUUUAAGAGCUUAUUUGGACAUCCUAUGUAAGAUAAUCAGCCAGUGGUAUUUAUUUAAGUGUGUGAGCUUUUCACUGAUUCAUACUUAUACUGCAUAUAUCAAAUUCUAAAAUGAGAUAAAAAAAAUGUUAAUUUCAAAUAAUUUUGCAUCUAUGUAUUUUUGUCCUAUCAUACAGUGCCGGCAGUUUUAAAGAAAUUUGUUUUUUUUCUUUACAAAGAUCCCGACGUUAUCACAAAGUACCCAUAAGUAAGUUAAUACCUUCAUGUACCAUAAAUUGUCAAUUAAACCUGUGCUACAGUUAACUUUAGAUACACAUGCGAGUCUAGACUGUUGUCUUAUGAUGAACUUCCAAAGGCAAUAUCUGUUAGAAAAUUGAUGUUACAAUUAUUGUUCAACAAUAAAAGGACCAAAAUGA